GCCACACCCUGAAGAGGAAUCUCUCCACCAGAAGCGGCUUCCCCCUGAGAACCAUGUGAAGAAAUUCAAAACUCUAAACUUUAAUGACUGCCCAUCUUCCUUUCUGAAGUUAUAUGGAAAUUCUUCAAAAAUCUCAACCCUUGGCGGGGCAAGGCUGUUUGAAGAAACAUGGUGAAUUAUUACCAAGUUCUAGGGGUGCCCCAGAAUGCUUCCUCCUCUGAUAUCAAGAGGGCUUUCCACCAGUUGGCUCUGCAAGUACACCCAGACAAGAACCCGGGAGACAAGGAUGCGGCAGAGGAGCAAUUCAAACAGGUCGUAGAAGCCUAUCACAUCUUAUCGGAUGCCAAGAAACGCAAGGACUAUGACAGGUCCCGAGGGAGCCGUACCAAAAGACAAAUCAGAGGUGAUGUCCGUACCGCAGGGGAAACCAGAGGCGCUGGCCGAACGACAGAGGAAACCAGCGGUGAUGACUGUGCCGCGUGGGAAACCAGAGGCGCUGGCCGAACGACAGAGGAAGCCAGCGGUGAUGACUGUGCCGCGUGGGAAACCAGAGGCGAUGGCCUGACCAAAGCGGAAACCAGAGGCAAUGCCAGAGACAAAACCCACUUGGAAGAAGAAAUGUGCUUUCAGAGGCCACGCCGUGCCUUCCCGAAGGACACUGACUAUGAAGACAUCUUUUCAGGAGACUGUUGGUUCACUAGUCCCAUGGCUCCAUCCAGAAGAGCGUCUUCCGCCUUCUUUAGCGUCACCCCCAUUAUGGACACAGGCUUUUCUACUUUUGUGUCCCUAGGGUCGAGAUUGGGUCCUGCUGCCUCUGAGACAUUCGUACCGUAUGUAAGCCAUGGAAUGGGAAAGUUCAGGCUGGUCACCACUUGUAGCCAGAUAGUGAAUGGUAAGAGAGUUGUCACAAAGAAAGUUGUAGAGAACAUGAGAGGACCAACGGAAGUGGGAAAUGGACACCUACUUCGCCAGAGCCCUUCACGCAGUUGGAAAUUGAUGGAAAAUCUCUGCUCUUGAUGACGAGAAAUGACGUGUUGACAGGACUUCAGUUAAAAUUGGGGCCUGCUCUGAAAAUCUAUGAGUAUCAUGUAAAACCUCUUCAGACCAAGCAUUUAAAGAACAGCUCUUCAUAGUAAAAAUGAAAUUGAGGUAUCAGUCCUCAAAACAAAAUACACAAUAAUGAAAUUUAGUUUCAUGUUGUGAAACUUCACGAGCAGAAUACUUACACGUGUAUAUGUAAUGACCUUUGAUCCAACAAAGUGUUAUCCUGUUGGAUAGAGUAGGCAAUCUAUCGGCUGGCCUGUCUCAGCCCAGAGGAGCAAAGACAGAAUGUACACACAAUGGCCGUCCUUGUCAAACCAAGUCAUCGUUGACUCUUAGGUGCCCCUCCCCUCAGGGCUUUAGAAUUACUAGAAUUUUCUUUGCUUCAUCGUAGACUGAUUGCCAUCAACUCCUUAAACAAGAGGGUGGGUGUGGAAUGAGGGAUCUGGGUUAUAGACUUAGAAAUGAGUACAAACAAAACUUCAUGGGGAGGGGCAGCGUGGGGGAGUGCUGUCUCCGUUGAGUUGCUGUGCUCCUAGAUGUGCAUCUGUGGAUGAAACUGCCAGCGCCCUUUUUUGUAGAGGGUUCUCUACCUGACCUUAAGGUUUCACACGGAUGUGCUGUUCUGUGUGAGUCAAACAGCCACUGAGCUCCCUGAAGGAGCAGAACUCUCUCUGCAAAGAGAAACUUGCUUUGCACUGGACACACCUUGCAAUCAACUCACUGUCACGGGGGUAAGAAUAUUUCCCACUUUUGUUGGUUCUUUGUUGCUGGGGAAAGCAUUUAGGGGCUCUGGGGUUUUUUUGUUUGUUUGUUUUUGAUUUUUUACUUUAUGGUUUGUAUUUAUAAUAAUUUCUUUCUGAAGCUAUUUGCCAAGAGUUAGUAGAUCCCAAAGCUUUGUUAAUAGCACAGGAUAUUUUUAUAUAUACAUAUAUAUUCCUCCAUGAUUUGUAAUAUUUUUAUAAAUGUCCUAUGCUGUGUUUGGUCCCUGGUUUGAGUACUUGUCUUGCUACAUCUCUGUUCAAAGAGACACUUGCUGAGAGAUGUUUGGCCAUGACUUGUUGAGUUGGUGCUUUGUUUUUGCAAUAAAACACUGCUUCAGAUCACCAA